UAAAUACGUAAUAAUUUUUUUUAUUAUAAAAUUCGUUCUAUUUUGUUAGACAUAAAAUAUUAUUUAUAAAUAUUAUACAACCAACUACUUAUAAGUUGAUACUUUUCCAUAAUCGGAUCGCUAAUCAUCAUCAAGAAUCUUAAUAUUGAUGUUUCUGUUUACUAAAGUGUGCGUUUCUUCCGUUUCUAGUUUCUUAUUUUCUUUCGAUUGAGCAGAACGUAGUGGCCGGAAAUUCCUAUCGGAAUUCUGAUGGGAAUCAUAAUUUACACUAUUAAAUUUCGUUGGUAACUAAUUUCCAUUGGACUUAAUAUCUGCCUCAGAAUAAAUUAAUAAAAUUUAUUAUGUGCUAAUUUGACCCUUCCAGAUGUCAUCAUUCCAGGCUCCAAAAAGUACUAAUUACAACUUGAAUAAUUCUAUAAGCUCACCGUCUAUUUUAAAAAAAUGUGGAAAGCAAACAAUAAAUAAUGUACCUGGUCGAAGAGUGUGUUUUGAUUUAUUCAAAAACUUGAAAUUAUUGCUCAUCAACUAUGACAGCAAUAACAAAACUGAUCUAAUAGAGUAUAACAAUCUAAUUUGUGACAUUAGAGACUUGGCUACCGAAAUUAAUGAUAAUGAACUUAUCAAGUUAUUGAAAGAUGCCAGAAAUUGUGUGAAUAUUCUAAAUGAAAAUCUUACACUUUUUGUUAAAGUUAUAUUGAUUUUAAAAUGGAUGAAUAGAAGUGAUGAUGUAGUCAAGGAAUAUCGAUUAUUUUUACUCAAUGUUUGUACUGCAUACAGUUAUCAUACACAAUUUGCAAUAGAACAACUUGUGGCAUGUUUUUCUCAUGUGGACAGCGCUGCUUGUGAUCGUGUCAAUUGUAUGCCAUCUCAAGAAGAAGAAAGAGGAUUUCUAAAUGUCCAUGUGACUCUUGAAGCUCUUUUGAAAGCCAUUCCGUUAGCAAAAGAUUUAUUAAUAUCAGCUCUAAAAAAAAAGUUUCCAUACAAGACAAACAGUUCUUACUCCCACCUUCAUUACAUACACAAUUUACUUUACAUAGUUGAAUAUGAACCAAACUUAAGAAAAAAUAUUCUCAGCCUCAUUAUUAACAAAUUAGUAGAAAUUGAUGUUCAUAUACCCAAAAACGAACUAGACAGAUUAGAAUCAAAUAUUAAUAUUGAAGACAUAUUCCCAAUGGAUGUGGAUGAUGGAGGGUGCAUUAAAGUUGAUCCUAAUAAAGUCGAAGAGGAACAUUUUUCAGAUACAUUAGAUAUUUGUCUUAAAAGAAUAUUUAUUUAUAUGAAAACUGUUUGUCAUAACCCUAAUGGUAGUUUAUUAUGGGAUAGUACUAAAUUGUUUUAUCAUGAUUUGUUAUCAAUAUUUGAAAGUGAAAUUCUACCAACGUAUAACAGUAGUCAUAUUCAGUAUGUAAUUUACUAUUUUCUUAGUUUUAAAAUAACUCUAGCAGAAAAUUUUAGUAAUUGGUUAUUAAAAAAAUGUUGCGAUGUAUCAUCUCCGUCUACUUUACGACAGGCAGCAGCUGGUUAUUUAGCUAGUUUUCUAUGCAGAGCACCAUUUAUUACGAAUAAUGUGCUGAAGAAUAUGCUUUUUGAAAUCUCCACAUGGUGUAAUAAAUAUAUAAAUAGUGUAGAUAAAUCUGUUAGAGUAGUAGAUGAAGAAUUAUUAAGAUGGCAUGCAGUAUUUUAUUCAAUGUGUCAAGCAUUAUUCUAUAUAAUUUCUUUCAGACAUCAAGAUUUAAUGGAUAAUAAACGAAAUCUUAGGUUUAUGGAAAAUUUAAAUUUGUCUAAUAUAGUGACAUGCAGAUUAAGCCCAUUACGUCUAUGUUGUUCAAAAGUAGUUGAUCGUUUUGCACAUAUUACAAAAAUGUAUCAACUAACUUAUUGUUAUGUGGUAAUGGAUGGUCAUAUUAGAGUCACUGAUCAAUCAAUCAAGGAUGAAUGGUUAUACUCUUACUUUCCAUUUGAUCCAUAUGUUCUUCCUCGAUCGAAGAAUAUGAUUAUACCAGAUUUAUACAGAGAUAUCGAUAGUAUAAAAAGUUGCCAAAAUGAAGAAAGAUAUGUUGACAAAAUUCCUUCAUCCCUUCCAGAAAACAUGGACAUAAGUCCUAGUAUGGUAUUAUCUCCUUCGCCUGCAAGAACAGAUUGGUUAGGACAGUUUGCAUAUGGAAAUAACACACAAAUAUUAUUUUGA